AUGUGGCACAAAGUUGAGGAAAACUUUAAGCUGAAGCCCACGAUUGCGGUUCUCGAUGCUGAACUACAAGAAUACUUGGAUGAGGUCAAUGACGUACGUGAGGCCGACGGACUAAACCUUCCGAAAUUCACUGCUGCAUUGGGGAACAAGAGCAUGCGGCUGACAGAAUCAACCCCUUCUUCCACCGCGUAUGAGGAUGUGUUGUAUAAUCUGACAUGCGCUGAGAUUGAUGCUUCAUCAAUAAACCCAAUAGUUAAAGAGGAAUACACUAUCAUUUACGCUGUCAAAAACGGUAAAACUCCCCCAACAGACGACGAAGCUGUCGCCUUCUGGAAAACUGGAUAUACUAUGCUUGG